AUGGAUUACUCCGAGCUGCCCAAUAUCACUGACUUUUGGUUUUCCUCACUACCACAGUUUGGCAAUUUCUCUACAGAGACUCCUUCCAACACUUCGGGAAAUGCCACAUCCAACUUCUAUGACAUGACAAGCAAUGCCAUACUAACUUUUAUUUACUUUGUGGUGUGUGUCGUAGGGCUUUGUGGGAACACUCUGGUAAUCUACGUCAUUCUCAGAUAUGCUAAGAUGAAGACUAUCACAAACAUCUAUAUCCUAAACUUGGCCAUUGCUGAUGAGCUUUUUAUGCUUGGCCUGCCAUUCUUGGCUAUGCAGAUUGCCUUGGUACAUUGGCCAUUUGGCAAAGUUAUUUGUCGGAUUGUUAUGACUGUUGAUGGAAUCAACCAAUUUACCAGUAUCUUCUGUUUAACUGUUAUGAGCAUAGAUAGAUACUUAGCUGUAGUCCACCCCAUCAAGUCUGCCAAAUGGCGGAGACCCAGAACGGCAAAAAUGGUCAAUGUUGCCGUGUGGACAAUUUCCCUUCUGGUGAUAAUGCCUAUUAUGACUUAUGCAGGAGUGCAAAAUCAUCAUGGUAGAGUCAGCUGCACUAUCAUCUGGCCUGGUACCUCUGGUGCAUGGUAUACAGGUUUUAUCAUUUAUGCCUUCAUUUUGGGCUUUUUAGUUCCUCUUAGCAUCAUCUGCCUCUGUUAUCUCUUUAUAAUCAUAAAAGUGAAAUCCUCAGGGAUCAGAGUUGGCUCCUCUAAGAGGAAAAGGUCAGAGAAGAAGGUCACCAGGAUGGUUUCCAUAGUGGUAGCUGUAUUCAUCUUCUGCUGGCUUCCCUUCUAUAUCUUUAAUGUGUCUUCUGUAUCUCUCUUGAUUGUGCCAACCCCAGUGCUGAAAGCUAUGUGGGACUUUGUGGUUGUCCUGAGUUAUGCCAACAGCUGUGCCAACCCCAUUCUAUAUGCCUUUCUUUCUGACAACUUCAAGAAAAGCUUUCAAAAUGUCCUUUGUCUGUCUAAAGUGAGCGGCAUGGACGAAGCAGACAGGAGUGACAGCAAACAAGACAAGUCCAGACUUAAUGAGACCACAGAGACUCAGAGGACUCUGCUCAAUGGAGAUCUCCAGACCAGCAUCUAG